AUGAAUCGAGCUAUACCCUACCAUUUUGUUACCUUGACGGCGAUCCAACUGGACGAACGCCGGACGUCACUCGACCGACACGGCUUCUACGCCUGGCUCUCGCCUAUCGUCCUCCUCGCAAUCGUUUUCGCCAUUCGUCUCGCUGGAACUUUCUACAAAGACCGUAUUGUUCCUCUUUCUAAGGACUCCCUGGAGCAGCCUCCAUCGACUCUGCAAGUCCAACAACGGCGCAUUGCCUGGUGGCUAGACCAACCCAUGACUUCGGAGUUCGGUGCUAGAAAAGUGCACAUCCUUGGAGUUGCCUACGCGUGCUGGCUGCUGUUCCUCACACUCCGACAAUCCGGAGAUGAUUACCUGCACCUCACCAAGCUGUUAGGCCAUAUCGCAGUAUCUCAGCUACCAUUUCAGUACAUGAUGGCCAUAAAAUCCCCUCGAAACCCGGUCCAGUUCGCUACAGGCCUGAGCCACGAGACCUUAAAUCCUUAUCAUCGGCUCUUUGGCCGGAUCAUCCACCUCUUCUUAGCCGCACAUGCCGUCCUGUACAUGAAUUUUUUUGUCAUGGAGAAAAUCUUGUCUCAACGACUUAGAAACUGGGAUGUCUGCCUAGGCUUGACUGCAUUCUGCAUCUUCAACGGUCUCGCGAUCGCAGCGCUCCCGACAGUCCGCAGGGCCGCUUACCACAAACAUUUUUACAGGCCACAUGUCGUCUUGUCAGGUCUUCUCAUGCCUGCCCUGUUCAUGCAUGUGUCCACUGCCCGUAAGUACGUCUACCAGAUGGCUGCAUGUUACAUCUUCAAUGGAGCCGCUCGUUCCAACUCGACCAGCGUGCCGAUUGCGUCAACCCUGUCACUAAUCUGCGGCACAAAUCUCGCCAAACUUCAAAUUACGGGUCCGGCAUGGGGUGUUCCACCUCUUCUAGGCGCCGGUACGCCUGGGUGGGUGCCAGGACAGCACGUCUACGUCAAGCGGAGUAUCAGCCCGGCAAUGCCCCGCAGCCCAUUGACUGUAGUGUCCCUUCCACCGCGGGAAGCCCAGGACGGCGGAGACGAGAGCUCAAAUAUCGAUCUGGUGCUUCGCGUCACGAAUGGUCCAAUGACCAGCUGGCUAGCCGCCCAGCCGACGGAGACAGGGCUUGUGGCUCAAAAUGCAAAACUGUUCGUCGAGGGACCCUACGGACAAGCUCGGACAUACGUGCCCACUCUACUUCGGGCCGGCGAGAGUGACGGAGCGAUCAUGCUUGUUGCCGGCGGAGUGGGUGCGACCUUCACCAUGCCGAUAUACUUAUCCCUCCUGGCGACACGGAAGUCGACGCAGAACAUCUAUUACACCUGGUUCGUGAAGUCGCUCCGGGACGCAGAAUGGGGCCUGGAAAUGCUGCUAACAGCAGCUGUAGCGGAGCUGAACGUGGCCGUGUACAUCACAAAGCCGAGCGCCGAGAAGCUUCGUGAGACGGUUACCACGAAGCGUGGGUUGAGAGUGUUCGGCUACGGCAGACGGCCGGAAAUGAAGGCAGUGGUCGACGAUGUCUUCUCGCCGACUAGAGGAGCGCUGGAGAAAAGCUCGAUUGCCAAGAACAGCGUUGCAAAAGUCAGUGUUCUGGCUUGCGGUCCCCCAAGCAUGACGCGGGCGCUGCGCAAGGAGGUGGGCAAGCAUGUCAUGCGUGAUGGAUGGCAUGUGUGGUAUCACGAGGAAGUUUUUGGCCUGGGGCCGUAG